AUGACGAUAACCAAUUUGGAACAAGUCCCUGCGCCUAUACUCUUCCAGAAGAGGAAGAGAAUACCAGCCGUAUGGAUGAGAGCAGGGACUUCAAAGGGCCUGUUCUUCCAUGAAAGAGAUCUCCCUGCUUCCUCAAAGCUUUGGGACUCUAUUCUGCUCUCGGCGAUGGGCUCUGCGCAGGCAAACUCGCGACAGGUGAACGGUGUCGGUGGUGCUACGUCAACAACAUCCAAAGUAGCCAUUGUCACGAAGUCAAAGCGACCAAAUAUCGAUGUUGACUAUACAUUCGUACAAGUUGCUCCGGAUCAACCGCGAGUUGACAUGACCGGUAAUUGUGGCAACAUUGCAUCCGGAGUCGGGCCAUUUAGUCUUGACGAAGGCAUCGUCCAGGCUCGUCCUGGUCAAUCCGAGGUUGAUAUUCGAAUCUUCAACACCAACACAGAACAAGUCAUCGUUGAGACCGUGCAAGUAGCCCCAGACGGAACUUCUCGAGAAGAUGGAGAAUAUGAGCUUGCCGGUGUAAAGGGUACCGCAAGCCCGAUAAAACUUGCCUUUGUCAGACCACAAGGUAGCAUGACCGGAAGCAUGUUUCCUAGUGGUAUGAAACAACAAUCUCUCAGCGUGGAUUCUCAAACCCAUGGGUCGUUUUCAGUACGCGCAAGCCUAGUCGACGCCGCAAAUCCAUUUGUUCUGGUUGAUGCAUCUUCACUACCGUUUUCGAGCGAUUCUUUGCACCUGAAAGCCAACGACAGCGACUUUAUUUCUGUUGCGGAGGAAAUUCGUCGUGCAGGCGCAGUGCAAUUCGGACUUGCUACAGAUACGACGGCGGCAGGUCUGAUCCGCGGGACACCCAAGGUCGCGUUCUUGUCAGAAAUUACCAGUGAACUAGACCAGGCAGAUAUCGAUGUCCUUUCUUUCUCCAUGGGCAGGGCACAUCCAAGUCUUCAAUUGACUGGCGCGGUAUGUAUUGCGGCUGCAAUGGCAACCCCCGGUACUGUGGCAUGGGAAUUGGCGGGCGGGAAGAAGCUUGAAAUGGUUCCAAAACACGGAAUGUCCGUUGCAAAUCAGGAGAUCGCCUCACCUUUGCCUGUGGGUAUUCGGCAUCCUUCGGGUAUCAUUCAUACAGAGACUACGUUGGAGAUGGAUCACAUUGGAGAGGUACGGGUGGAAAAGGUUGCUGUUAUACGAACUGCACGUCGGCUGUUUGAGGGGAAUGUAUUUUAUUAA